AGUUGAAGGAACACGUCAUUUCACUAUGAUUUUCCACGAAUGACAGAAUUCUAAUGUAUUAAUCAGAUUGUUUCAUCACACAUGGGUUUUUUCCUUGCUACCGUUGUAUGUGUUGCACAACAGAUCAAGCAAAUGUCAUCCAAGAUUCCAAAAGGUGUUAAGUUUCCUCCAGAAAUUAAGAAAGCUGGUUGUAAAUUUGAAUCCAAAGACACAGCAACUGUAUCCGCAACGGCAAAUGCUCCCCAAAAGUCAGACGGUAUACUCAAACCUCAAAAAGAAAACAUGUCAAGGAAAACAGUUGCCCCUAAAGCAAACAAAGGGGUCUCCACCAGGUACGGGCAACAGGCGGAGCAUAAGGGGCAAAACCAGCAUCUGAUGGCAACCAACGGGGAGCUGCAGAAGAACCUCGCAGAGACACAGCAAAAAGUAGCUGAGUUGGAGCUGCAGAUGAGUGGACUUGAAAAGGAGAAUGCAGAGGUUCGGAAAAACCUGAAGGACUGUCACGUAGUCCUACUCGCAGCCAAUAUAGACCCAGUUUUAGGAGAAAAGGUUGGUGAAGCUGCUCAACAAAAUAACGAUAAAAGAAAAGAAGUUAUGAGUGUCUCUACAGACCUGCUGAAUGAAUUAAAAGCGUUUGGAGAUGCUGCAUCACAGCAACGUGCCCGCUUGGAGGGAAUCCAAACAACGAUGAUUGAACUCACGAAAGCACGAGAACAUAUGAUGCAGGAAAGGGAAAACUUCUCCCUGGAGGCGACUGAAAUGGAACGAGUUCUGAAGGAAGCAGAGGCUCUGUUGCUGUGAAAUACAUAUUUUCCUAACUAAAAAGAAGUAUUAAAAACAAAUGUAUGUAUGUUUUAAUUUUUGUGUAAAUGAAAAAUAAAUUAAAGAUUCUUUAUCUGUGUACUCUUUAUCUCAUAUCCCAAACAUUUAAAACCUACUUAAGGAAACAUUUCUUUUCUUUUUUUUAACUCUUAUAUCCACAACGGAAGAUAUUGUUGAGUCGAAGAUCAUAGUCUUGAAAAUGAUCUUCAUUUCUGCAUUCAA